UCGGAAAAAAUGGAGAAUUAACUUACGUGUCAAAUAGAAAAUUUAUUUUCCGCUUUUCGCACUGAUAGACAUAAAAAUUAAUUGUCAAUGUCAUUAAUUCGCCGUAGAUUAUUUAAAAGAAAAAGAGAAAGUUGUAAACUUAUAGUUUAAAUGCACCUGAUGUGUAUAAGCCUUUAAAAGAUUCCACAACCUAACCUCAAAAAAUUCUCGCGUUUAUCUGUCAAACAUUUUCUGUUUUGAUAAAAAAUUUUGUUUUUUUAUAAUAAUAAAUAAUAAAAAAAGAACAAGUAUUUCUUCACAUUUUGUUAUUCUUGAAAUAAAGAAACGAAAAGCGAGUCUUUAAAAUGUAUAAUAUUUCAUUUUAGUAAAAAAAGGGAAGAAUAGUGAAAUUCUAAAAUAUUUUCUUCUGGUUUGUUUUUUUUUCUUCGGAAUAAUUUAAAAAAAACUUAUCAAGAUGUUUAAAAAAUUCAAAGACAAACUUGCCGAGGAAAUGAAACAAUCGCCAGCGAGAUUGCAAGCGGGAAUGCAACAAUUAGCACAGGCUGUAUCGCCAGCUUUGUCAAAUACUUCGAUUCAAGAUCUUUCGGCAUCGAAUGAUAAUUUUAGUUUAACUGAAGAACUCGAUGGAGAGACACCAAAAAAUAGUCCGGCGAGACAUGGUUUCCAAACGGUUGAUUUAACCUCACCGACCGGAGCUUCUGUGGGAGUUUCACGCAGAUCGUCCAUUAGUAGUGUUACAAGCGAUGCCUCGUCUCUAUUUCCGGUUUACGAAAGUCCCGGAAAUAUGUAUCAUUUACAGUCCGACAUGGAUCAAUCGGCGAGCGAAUUGGACGACAUGGUGAGUCCACAAUUGGAUCGCGUGUCAAAGGAUCAAUUAUAUUCGGCGUUUCGUAAAGUUCAGACGAAAUAUCACAAGUAUCGAAGUCGAUACACGGAUCUUGCGGCUCAUUAUCGAGAAAUGGAGCGCGUGAAAAACAAAUUGGAAGCACUUCUCGUCGAGACGCAGGACAAGGCUCUGAGGCGAAUUUCCGAUUUAAAGGAACAAUGCCAACUCGAGCAGCAGGCGAAGGCGCAUUUGGAGGACGCUCUCAGGAAUGAUAUCGAGGAAAAGGAUCACAUUAUCAACACGUUAAAUACAAAGAUAAGUCUUUUACAAACGAACAACGGUCAACCAAGAAAUGAAACGAACGAGAAAAAUCCCGAAAAAAUGGAAAUGUUAAUCGAUUUCGCAAGUGAAACGCAAUCAAAAUCCAACGAUGAAUCGAAGGAAACAAUGAUCUCGACGGAAAAUGUUUUACUAAAAGACAAAUUACAAACUUUAGAGAAACUCAACGAAAAAUAUAAAGAAAUGUUGAAACGAAGUAAGGAAAAAAUUUCCCAACUUAUAAAAGACAAAAAUCUCCUCGAACAUAAUUUCGAGUCGUUAAAAAAUGACAAUCAGGAAAAAAUUACUUCUCUAGAGUCAAAAUUCGUCGAAUCGGAGGAGAAAAUAAAAAAUCUUCAUCAGGAGAUAAAGAAUUUAAAGAAACGCGAAGAAGAAUCAAUGAUAACGUUAGCGGAAAAUAAACUCACAAUUCAUCGCGAACUAGAAGACAAAGAAGAGCAAAUAAAACGUCUCACAAAAGAUUUACUCCAAUUGUCCGAAUCGAAGGAAAAUUUCACCGACGAUACAAAGGAGCAAAAAAAUACCGAAACUCUAAAACAAUCCCAAAAGGAAAUCCAACAACAAGUCAUCGAACUCGAGGAGAAAAUGAGUCAAAAAUACCAACACGAAGUCGAGCGGAAUCGAAAAUUAAUUGCCCGACUCGAGGAAAUUGAAAAGAAAUCCGAACAAAAUAACGAAAAAAUAAUUGUCGACCUGAGGGAAAAAAUCCUUCAACUCGAAUCGAAAAACGAACAAUUAAUUCAGCUGAAAAAUGAAUUAGAAGACAAAAAUCAAAGUUUGGAAAAAUUAAAAUUACAGUCAUCGUCACUCGAGAACGAAAUUUUGAAUCUAAACCAAGAGAAACAGGAUCUUUUCAAACAAAUCGAUAUUUGUCGGAAUACAAUUUUCACCAUGAAGACGGAAUCGGCACAAAUGCGAAAAUUCGUCAACGAAGAAAUUGUCAGUGGACAAAAUAUUUUUAGAACCAUUUCCCAAGAACUCGAGACAAAUUUCACUCGAGUUGGCAAACAGAAUGAAAAAUUAAAAAAAACAGUUGACAGUUUGAAGGAAAUUAACGCACAGCUGGUGGCAAAUUCAAAUCAAUUGCAAACAAGGCUCGACGAAUAUCAAGAGCGAGAAUCGAAAAUAAUUGACGAACUGCGAAUGAAAAGUUCCGAGUUGGUCAAUUUGACGAAUCAAAAUUCAGAACUCGAGACGACAAUUCAAGCGUUAAAUUCAUCGAUUGCUGAAAAAGUGGAACAAGUGAAAAAAUUGGAAAAAUCGGAAAAAUUGGCACAAACGGAAAAGGCGGAACAAGUGGAAAAAUUGUCACAAUUGGAAAAAUUGAAGGAAGAAUCGAAUUUGAAGAACGAAGAAUAUUUGGAAACAAUUUCGAGAAUUGGACAAGAAAUCGAGGAGAUGAAAAUUCGGGGCGAGAGUUUGCAGAAGGAAAAUAAUCUUCUGGUGAGUGAGAAUAAAGAACUAAAGACGAGACAAAACGAAUUAAUUAAAUUGACCCAGGAAUUGAAGAAAAUUGAGGGGGAGUUGAACGAAAGAAUUUCUAUCCAAGCGGAGGAGAUAAAAAAUCAACAGAGGGAGAAAGGGGAACUAAACACAAAAAUUGGGGAAAUUGCAAAGCAGACGGAAAAAUUGGAAAAGGAAUUAGAAAAAGCGAAGGAAUUGGAAAAAAUAAAAGAAGAAGUAGAAAAAAGAUUCGAUGAAUUGCAGAAGAAGUUUAACGAACUUGAGGUCGAUAAUAAGGAAUUAUUACUCGAGAGGAGUGAAAAUUUGGAUAAAAAUUCGGAACUGGGAAAAUUGACGGAAGUUAAUGAAAAAUUAAGGGGAAAAAUUCGCGAACUCGAGAAAGGCGAAAUUAAAUUUAGACAAGAUGUCGAAGAAUUGAUGAAAAAAGUUGAGAAAUUCGAGGCGACGGUGGAAAAAUUGAGCGAGAAUUUAAAGAAAUCGGAGGAAAAAAAUUCGAUUUUAGUCAACGAAUUAGAGAAAAAGGAUUCGGAACUGAAGAAAAAAGUCAACGAACUAGAGGCGAAAGAUUCGGAACUUAACGGAAAAAUUGUGGAAUUAGGGAAAAAAGAUUCGGAACUAAAGGAAAAAGUUGGCGAAUUAGGGAAAAAAGAUUCGGAAAUAAAAGGAAAAAUUGUGGAAUUAGAAAAAAAAGAUUCGGAAAUAAAGCAGAAAAAUUCGAAAUUGAAGGAAAAAGUCGCGGAGUUGAAGAAAAAGGAUUCGGAAUUAAAGGAAAAAGUCAAGGAAUUGGGAAAAAAAGAUUCGGAAUUAAAUCAAAAAGCUACGGAACUAGAGAAAAAAGAUUCGGAGUUAAAAGAAAAAAUCACGGAAUUAUCGAAGAAAACUUCGGAGAUAAAAGAAAAUUUCAAUGAAUUUACGAAAAAAAAUUCGGAAUUAGAGAAAAAAGAUUUGGAAUUAAAGCAGAAAGAUUCGGAAUUAAAACAAAAAGUUACGGAAUUAAAGCAAAAAGUUACGGAAUUAGAGAAAAAAGAUUCGGAGUUAAAAGAAAAUGCGAAUCAAUUUACGAAAAAAAAUUCGGAAUUAGAGAAAAAAGAUUUGGAAUUAAAGCAAAAAGAUUCGGAAUUAAAAGAAAAAGUCACGGAAUUAGCGAAAAAAGAUUCGGAGUUAAAAGAAAAUGCGAAUCAAUUUACGAAGAAAAAUUCGGAAUUAAAACAAAAAAUUACGGAAUUAACGAAAAAAGAUUCGGAGUUAAAAGAAAAAAUCACCGAAUUAGCGAAGAAAGAUUUGGAGUUGAAGGAAAAAAUCACAGAAUUGGGGGAAAAAAAUUCGGAAUUAAAACAAAAAGCUACGGAAUUAGAGAAAAAAGAUUCGGAUUUGAAAGAAAAAGUCACGGAAUUAGAGAAAAAAGAUUUGGAACUAAAGCAAAAAGAUUCGGAGCUAGAAAAAAAUAGUUCGGAACUAAAGGCGAAACUCACGGAAUUAAGCAAAAAAGAUUCGGAGUCAAAGGAAAAAUUCACGGAAUUUAUCGGCAAAAAUUCAGAAGAGCUGGGGAAAAAAGAAACGGAAUUAAAAGCAAAAGAUUCGGAAUUAAAGCAAAAAUUAACAGAAUUGAAAGCAAAAGAUAACGAGCUAAAGAAAAAUAUCGAAGAACUAAAGCAAAAGGAUUCGAAGCUCCAGGAAAAAGAUUUGGAACUAAAGAAAAAAACGUCAGAGUUGAAGCAAAAAUCGACGGAAUUGAAGAACAAAGAUUCCGAAUUGAAGAAAAAAGUCACGGAAUUAGAGAAAAAAGGCGCGGAGCUAGAGGCGAAAAUUUCCGAUCUGGGGAAAAAAAAUUCCGAAUUGGAAAAAAAAGAUUCGAUUCUAAAGGAAAAUAUUUCUGUCCUCAAGCAAAAAGACUCGGAAAUUGAAGCUAAAGAUUCGGAUUUGAAAACGAAAGUCGAAGAAUUAAAGGCGAAAACUUUCCAAUUGGAGCAAAAAUCGAAGGAAUUAGACGGAAAAAAUUCGGAACUCGAGCAAAAAUCGAAGGAAUUAGACGGAAAAAAUUCGGAACUCGAGCAAAAGUCGAAGGAAUUAGAGGAAAAAUGUUCGGAAGUAAAGAAAAGGGAUUCGAUCAUAAAAGAAAAAGUGACCGAAUUAGGAGAAAAGAAUUCCGAGCUAGAGAAAAAGGACUCGGAAUUAAAAGAGCGAUGUUCCGAUUUAUUGAAACUCAGAACCGAAUUAGAAGCAAAAAGUUCCGAUUUUAAGGAAAAAGAUUCAAAAUUCGACGCCGAACGUUCGAAAUUAGAAGCGAGGGAAAAAGAAUUAAUAGCCAAAGAAAAGAACCUGAAGGAAAACGAUUUUGAAUUAAACGCCAAAGUUUCCGGUCUCCAGCAAAAGGAACUGGAAAUAAACAAAAAAAGCACCGAACUUAAGUCCUUCGCCUCGAAUCUAAACAAAAAAGAAUCGAAACUAAAUUCCUUCGCCUCGAAAUUAGGCGAAAAAGAAUCGGAACUAAAUUCCUUCGCCUUGAAACUAAAUGAAAAAGAAUCGGAAUUAUCCGCCAGAACUUUGGAACUGAAUUCCAAAUUAUCCCAAUCGGAAGAAAAGAAUUCGGAGCUAAUCGCAAAGACGUCGCUUCUAAACGACAAGGAAUCGGAACUAAAAGCGAAGAAUAUUGUCCUCAAGGAAAAAAUGACCGAAUUGAAAAAAUCUGGUGAGGAAAUUAGCAAAUUAAGAGGAAUCAAUGAAAGUCUUUCGAAGGAAAUUGAAAAAAAUGGUUUGGAUUUGGCGACACUGAGAGAGGAGAAGGAGAGUGAAUUCGAAGAAUGGAGGAAUCGAAUAAAACACUCGGAGACUAUAAUUCAUGAGAGGGAGAUUGAAAUCGAAAGGUUGAAGUCGAAUUUGAAUCAAAAUCCGAAUCCGAAUUCGAAUUUGAAUUUGAAUUCGAAUGAGAUUGGAAAUGAAGAGACUUUGAAAAAAAUGGGGAAAUUGGAGGAAAAUAAUCGAAAAUUAGAGGCACAAUUGGACGAGGCGUUGAUUACGUUCCAAGCAAAGGAGUCGCAACUGCAAAAUUUGAAUGUCGAUUUGAAAGGGCAAAUUGAAAAGCUCAGGGAGGAAUUGAAAGUGGCUGAAGAGGAACAAGGAUUGAGAUUGAAGCAAUUGGUGAAGGAAUUUCAGGCACAACUUCAUGAUAAGGACGAGGAGUUGCAGGCGGCUUUGGACAAACGAUUUGAUCACCAGCAAAACUACGAAUCGGACCUUAUUCAUCAAUACAAAGAGCAACUGAAGGAUUUUCAAGUUGAAUUGACAUUGAAAUCGGAGCAAAUUGAAAAUCUCAUUCUCGAGAGUAAAGAAAUGUCAAAACGAAAACAGGAGGAAAUUGAUCAAUUGACGAAUACAAUUGUGAAAAUAAAAAAUGAACAUGUCGUCGAAAAGCAAGAGGAGGAGAAAAAAUGGAAGGUUGCGUUAAAACAAAAAUCAGAACAAAUCGACGCUAAACACGAGGAGGAAGUUAAUGAAUUAAUGAGAGAGUGGCAAAGUGAACGAAAAAUCAAUUCCAAUACCGAAACACCUCCCGAGGAAUUGGAAAGUACUUCACGAUUAGCGAUGGCGGCGGUUCAAUCGAACACCGGCUCGUUCCACACUUUGCAACAAACUUUAGCGUCACAGCGACGAGAAUUAUCGGAGUUGAGAAAAUUGGUGAAAAUUCGCCACGAAGCCCUCGAGGAUUCGACGGAAAUUGAAUACCUAAGAAAUAUUUUAUUCGAAUAUAUGAUGGGACGUGAGACACUUGUUCUCGCGCGUGUCAUAUCGGCCGUAGUGAAAUUCGAUCAGGAACAGACGAUGAAAAUUUUGAAAAAAGAAGAGGACAAAUUAACGUUGUUGGGAUCCUUCGGUUUAACGUAAAAAAAGGUAUUAAAAAACUAAUCGGAAAAAAA